AUGGAUAAUGUAAUAGUUAUUGAUGAUUCAUCAUCAGAUAGUGAAAAGAUAAAUAAGACAAUUGUCGAUAAAGUUAUUAUUAUCGAUGAUUCAGAGUCGGAAGGUGAUAAUGUAGAGAGUGGUGGUGGUAUUAUAAAGGUGUUAAAGAAAGUUGAGAAUACAACAGGUAAACUCAUUUUGAAUAUUUUCGACUUUGAUGGUACACUCUUCAAGUCACCAGAACCAAAUCCAUCGUUAUGGCAUCCAAAUAUGAUUGGAAAGCUCAAGGCAAUGGCAUCGGAACCAGGUGGAUUAGGUUGGUUCCAAGAUACGUUGACUCUCGAUCACCCAUACGUACCGAUUGCACCCUCUGAGGAUUGGUUCAACACUGGUGUCUUGGCUGCCGUCAAAGAGUCUGCCACUGCCGACAACACCGUCACCAUCUUGCUCACCGGAAGAACUACACUCUACGCCGAUAUCAUUCAUCGUAUCCUCGGAAGUCGCGCCAUUGAAAUGAAUCAUGUCGGUCUCAAGGGUACAGCCGAUAAGCAAAGCGGUGGUCAAGUAGAGCCAACCUUUGACUUUAAGAUCUCCUAUAUCAAGAGUUUACUCAGUCAGUACAACAACAGAAUCAAAACAAUCAAUGUCUAUGAAGAUCGUAUCAAACACGUCGAGAAGUUCAGAAAGGAGCUUGCCAAGAUUGUCGAUGUCACUAGCAAUGUCAUUCACGUCAACGAACCACCAAGAUAUCUCGAGGAACACCUCGAAGUCGAGUUGGUUCAGAGAUUGGUGGCAAAGAACGGUACUCCUUCCUAUAGAAUGCGUCAGAUCGUUAGCUACACUUGUGCGCUUCUCGAUGAGAACUCGCAUCAUAGAAUCAAGAGUUGGUUCGAUUUUCCAGCCGAUUGGGAAAUCAAGUGUCAUCAUGCCACUAUGAAUCUUGGUGGACACUCGCCAAACCUUUGGAAGCCACAAGACGAUGGAAAGCCAGUGGAUGGUGAGGCGUUUGCCGUUGGAAAGAAGGUUCAACUCAAGGUGGAGGCAGUCGGUAUCUCUGGUGCCGCUCUCGCACUCAAGGUCUCUGGUGUUCCAUCGAAUAACAACAUCAUCCACGUCACCCUCGCACAUCAUCCAAAGGGAAAACCAGUCGAUAGCAAUCAUAUUCGUCAGUGGAUUCCAAUUGAAGAGAUUGGAGAUCUUGAUCAUCUUUUAGAUUUUAUUGCGCCACCAACAUCAAAGAAAGAAGAAACAACAACAACCAAUAACAACAAUAAUAAUCAUGAAGCCGCUUCAAAUGAUAAGAAAAAACAACCAGUUAAAGCACCAUUCGAAUUCCCAAGCAUUAGUAUCCGUGCAAAGAUUAACAAGUCACAAUUGGUUUUGGAUGCUGUAAUCACAGAGGUCGGUCCAACCACCUAUGAGUUGGUCGAUGGUGCUGGUGCUAAAAAAAAAAACGAAGUCAAUCCAAGCAAAGGCGCAAAUUUAGGAGAACUCAUCAAGAAGCACCAUCCAGAGGCAGGUCAAAAAAUAGGAAAGGCCGUUGGAAUCGUCAAGGAAUGGUCAACCAAGAAUAAUAUAACAGAGAUAGAUCAACUUGAAGAUUAUAUCAAGAAACUUUCUUUAGAUUAA